AUGGUACCACUGAGUCUGUGGUCUCUGGUCAUUGGCCAUGUUCGGUAUGUGGGACUGGAGUUGGAAGCAACUCGAUCAAAUGCCUACAAUGAAUGGAAUUUAGAUUCAACAACUGCAAACGAGAAUGGUCACGUGUUCGAUAUAGAACAUUCAAAUGAUGAAUUUAGUAAAAAAAUGAAAGAAGAAUACACAGCCUCUGUUAUCAAAAACUCCUUAAUUCAUUUGAAAAAAAAGAUAUCUGGAAUAAAAUCUCUAAAAAAGUUAGAUGACACUGGUCCUUCAGAUGUCAAAAAAGUUGAAGUUUUGAAUGGCAGUCAAGGGAACUGCAAUAAACAAAAAGUUUUGAAGAAAGAAGGGCUUUUAAGAAAGAGAAAAUUGUCAACAAGCGAUGAACCUGCUGCUAAAAUAAUGAAAAAUUGUAAAUCUUCAUUUGGCAUGUCACCUAAUGCAACCUCACUUUCAAGGAAAACUAAAACUGAUAAAGGUACCGAAAGGCCUGCUGUUGAAGUUGUAAAUAGGUCCAGUCAAAAGUUCCUAACUUGUAGGGGGCCAAAUUGUUCUCAGAGGUCACAAGAUGGUUCAUCAUAUUGUGGACCUGCAUGUAUUGAGGCACAUGUUUCGUUGUCAUUGAAGCUUCUCGGUGAUGAUGGGAAGGUUGUGUUUAUUAGCUAA